AUGUUCUCUCGUGGUCUCCGAUCCGCCGCCCCGGCGACAAGGCUUUUGAACCAGCCUCUCCGCUCCGCCGCCCCUGGUGUUGCCCGUCUCGCACCGGUCGGCGCCCGUUUCAACUCCGGCAAGGUUUCGGGCCCUGUCAUCGGUAUCGACUUGGGAACCACCAACUCAUGUGUCUCGGUUAUGGAGGGCCAGCAGGCCCGUGUCAUUGAAAACUCGGAAGGUGGCCGUACCACUCCUUCGGUUGUUGCCUUCACCAAGGACGGCGAGCGUCUCGUUGGUCUCCCCGCCAAGCGUCAGGCUGUUGUCAAUCCUGAGGCCACCCUUUUCGCCACCAAGCGUCUCAUUGGCCGCAAGUUCCAGGACAAGGAGGUCCAGAAGGACUUGAACAACGUCCCCUUCAAGAUUGUCCCCCACUCCAACGGCGAUGCCUGGCUCGAGGUCCGAGGGGAGAAGUACUCUCCCUCGCAGAUCGGUGCCUUCGUUGUCGGAAAGAUGAAGGAGACUGCCGCCGGUUACCUCGGCAAGUCGGUCAAGCACGCCGUCAUCACUGUCCCCGCCUACUUCAACGACUCGCAGCGACAGGCCACUAAGGACGCCGGUGCCAUCGCUGGUCUCGACGUUCUCCGUGUCAUCAACGAGCCUACCGCCGCUGCUCUCGCCUACGGUCUCGACCGUGACGACUCGUCGGUGAUCGCCGUCUUCGACUUGGGUGGAGGUACCUUCGAUAUCUCGAUUCUCGAGAUGCAGAAGGGUGUCUUCGAGGUCAAGUCCACCAACGGUGACACCCACCUCGGUGGUGAAGACUUCGACAUUGUUCUCGUUGAGCACCUUGUCAACGAGUUCAAGAAGGAGUCUGGCCUCGACCUCUCCAAGGACCGCAUGGCCAUCCAGCGUAUCCGUGAGGCUGCCGAGAAGGCCAAGAUCGAGCUUUCCAGCACCCAGCAGACCGACAUCAGCCUGCCCUACAUCACUGCUGACGCCUCGGGCCCCAAGCACAUCAACUCGAAGAUCACCCGCGCGCAGCUCGAGUCGCUCGUCGGCAAGCUCGUCGACCGCACCGUCGAGCCAUGCAAGAAGGCGCUCGCCGAUGCUGGCUGCAAGCCCUCGGACAUCCAGGAGGUCAUCAUGGUCGGUGGUAUGAGCCGCAUGCCCAAGGUGCUAGAGACCGUUAAGGGCAUCUUCAAGCGCGACCCAAGCAAGGGUGUCAACCCCGACGAGGCUGUUGCCAUCGGUGCCUCGAUCCAGGGUGGUGUUCUCUCCGGUCAGGUUACCGACGUUCUGCUGCUCGAUGUCACCCCUCUCUCGCUCGGUAUCCAGACGCUCGGCGGUGUGUUCACCCGUCUGAUCAACCGCAACACCACCAUCCCUACCAAGAAGUCGCAGGUGUUCUCGACCGCUGCUGACGGCCAGACUGCCGUCGACAUCCAGGUCUACCAGGGUGAGCGUGAGCUCGUCCGUGACAACAAGCUGCUCGGCAACUUCCAGCUCACCGGUAUCCCCCCCGCGCCCAAGGGUGUUCCCCAGGUCGAGGUCACCUUUGACAUUGACGCCGACGGUAUCAUGCACGUCUCUGCGCUCGACAAGGCCACCAACAAGGACCAGUCUAUGACCAUCUCGGCCGGCUCGGGUCUCAGCGACACCGAGAUCGAGAAGAUGGUCUCCGACGCCGAGCAGUACGCCGAGGCCGACAAGGCGCGCAAGGCUGUGAUUGAGGAGGCCAACCGUGCCCACUCGGUAUGCUCCGAGACCACCAAGGCCAUGCAGGAGUUCAGCGAGCAGCUCCCCGCCGAGGAGAAGGAGAAGCUCAACGUGCUGAUCAAGGAGACCGAGGAGCUCGCCUCCAAGGGUCUCAACGGUGACGCUGAGGUCGAGGCCCAGACCAUCCGCGAGAAGAUCGACGCUACCCAGCAGGCCUCGCUGCAGCUCUUCAAGCUGGUUUACGAGAAGAAGGGUGCCCAGUCUGGCGGUGCUGAGAACGCCGAGGCCAAGCCGGAGGGUGAGGGCGAGAAGAAGAACUAA